AUGUCUGUUGUCGGUGUUGAUUUUGGCACAGCCAACACAGUUAUUGCCGUUGCCCGGAAUCGCGGGGUCGAUGUUAUCACCAACGAAGUCUCUAAUCGAGCUACACCAUCUUUAGUUGGCUUUGGACCCAAAUCUCGAUACCUCGGCGAACCUGCGAAGACACAAGAGAUCUCCAAUCUCAAGAACACAGUCGGAUCUUUGAAGCGGUUAGCAGGGCGAAGCUUGUCUGAUCCAGAUGUCCAAAUCGAACAACAGUAUGUCUCUGCACCGCUCGUCGAUAUCAAUGGACAGGUCAGUGCGGAGGUCACAUAUAUGGGCCAGAAGGAGAAAUACACCGCCGUCCAGCUUGUCUCCAUGUUCUUGAGCAAGGUAAAGGCGACCGCUUCUGCAGAAUUAAAACUCCCAGUCUCGGAUCUAGUCAUGAGCGUUCCGGCUUGGUUCACCGAUAUCCAACGAAGAGCUCUUAUGGAUGCCGCCGAGAUCGCCGGACUCAAGCUUCUCCGCUUGAUGAACGACACAACCGCAGCUGCUUUAGGGUAUGGUAUCACAAAGACCGACCUGCCUGCAGCAGAGGAGAAGCCAAGGCGUGUGGCGUUUAUCGAUAUCGGGCACAGCAACUACUCCUGCUCGAUCGUGGAAUUCAAGAAAGGGGAACUGACUGUCAAGUCAACUACGUACGACCGUCACUUUGGUGGCCGCGACUUCGACAAGGCUCUAGUGGACCACUUUGCUGCGGAGUUCAAGGAGAAGUACAAGAUUGACAUCAAGACAAACCCUAAGGCCGUAGUCCGUGUUGCCGCAGCUGCCGAGAAGUUGAAGAAGAUCCUUUCCGCCAACCUGCAGGCGCCUAUCAACAUUGAAUCGUUGAUGAACGAUGUCGAUGUUUCCACCAUGAUGAAGCGCGAAGAACUCGAAGCCCUUGUUGAGCCUUUACUCAAGCGUGUACACGUACCUCUCGAGCAGGCUUUGCUUGAGGCCAAGUUGACCAAGGACGACAUCGAUAUCGUUGAGCUCGUCGGAGGUUGCACACGUGUACCAGCCCUCAAAGAACGUAUCCAAAAGUUCUUCGGCAAGACUCUGUCCUUCACACUCAACCAAGAUGAGGCUAUUGCGAGAGGUUGUGCUUUCAGCUGCGCCAUUCUCUCACCCGUCUUCCGUGUCCGUGACUUCGCCAUCCACGAUAUCGUCAACUACCCAAUCGAGUUUACAUGGGAGAAAUCUCCGGACAUUCCAGAUGAGGAUACCAGCCUCACAGUUUUCAACAGAGGAAACCAGAUGCCAUCGACCAAAAUUCUCACCUUCUACCGCAAGGAGGCAUUCAACCUCGAGGCAAAAUACGCACAGCCCGAGUUACUGCCAGGCAAGACCAACCCCUGGAUCGGUCGAUUUUCUGUCAAGAACGUCAAGGCGGACUCGAAAGACGAUUUCAUGGUUUGCAAGCUUAAAGCACGCCUGAACUUGCACGGAAUUCUGAAUGUAGAGUCUGGGUACUAUGUAGAAGAUAUGGAGGUUGAAGAGCCAAUCCCAGAAGAAAAAGAAAGUGAGAAGAAGGAAGGAGACAAGAAGGACCCAGAUGUACGUCGCGAUCCAGUGGUACCGUCUCAACCUUCCAGCGAAGAUGAGCAUGCUACGAAACGUCCUCGCCUGAACGAAAACUUGCUAACAACCAAGAAGGCUAUGGAAACCGACGACAAGCCAAAGACUCGCAAGGUCAAGAAGCAAGUCCGAAAAGGCGACCUCCCCAUCAUCUCGGGCACUGCUUCCCUUGAGGAAACCGCAAAGGCGGCCGCUGCCGAAAAAGAACUGGCUAUGAUUAUGGAAGACAAGCUCGUUGCUGACACAGAAGAGAAGAAGAACGAACUCGAGACCUACAUCUACGAGAUGCGAAACAAGAUUGACGACACAUACGCCGAUUUCGCUAGCGAUGAAGAGAAGACGAAGCUGAAGGCCAAGCUUGAGGCUAGCGAGGACUGGCUCUACGACGAAGGCGAGGACGCUACAAAGGCUGUUUACAUUGCCAAGAUGGAUGAGAUCCGUGCCGUUGCAGGACCCAUCGUCCAACGUUACUGGGACAAAGUCGAGGCUGAGCGUGCUGCACAAAAGGCUGCCGAGGACGCCGAGGCUCAAAGAAAGCGAGAGAUGGCCGAAGCCGCCAAGAAAGCCGCCAUGGCACAAGAGGCUGCUGCGAACGGUACCAAGGACGAGGAGAUGACCGAUGCGGAGCCGACUACGAAGCCCGAUGAGAUUGUCGAGCCUGAGGAGUCGAAGUGA